GAGCCCAGGUCCCGGCCACCACCACCCACAGCGUCCCGAGUACCGGAGGAGGAGCAGCAGCAGCGGCGGCGGCUUCAGCGGCGGGCCGGUGCUGGAAAGGCCCCGGUCGAAAAGCCUGGGAGGGCGGCCCAACUACCCCCGGAGGAGGAGCCACUCGGAGCCCCAGGCGCCGCCGCCGCCUCAGGAGCGGAGAGGAGCAGCCAUCGCCUCCAUGGCCCACUCACCGGUGGCGGUCCAAGUGCCAGGGAUGCAGAAUAAUAUAGCGGAUCCAGAAGAACUGUUCACAAAAUUAGAACGCAUUGGGAAAGGCUCCUUUGGAGAAGUUUUUAAAGGAAUUGAUAACCGUACCCAGCAAGUGGUUGCUAUUAAAAUCAUAGACCUCGAGGAAGCCGAAGAUGAAAUUGAAGACAUUCAGCAAGAAAUAACUGUUUUGAGUCAGUGUGACAGCUCAUAUGUAACAAAAUACUAUGGAUCAUAUUUAAAGGGUUCAAAAUUAUGGAUAAUAAUGGAAUACCUUGGUGGUGGUUCGGCACUGGAUCUUCUAAGAGCUGGUCCAUUUGAUGAGUUCCAGAUUGCUACCAUGCUCAAAGAAAUUUUGAAAGGUCUGGACUAUCUACAUUCAGAAAAGAAAAUUCACCGGGACAUAAAAGCUGCCAAUGUCUUGCUUUCAGAACAAGGAGAUGUUAAACUUGCUGACUUUGGAGUUGCUGGCCAGCUGACAGAUACACAGAUUAAAAGAAAUACCUUCGUAGGGACGCCAUUUUGGAUGGCUCCUGAAGUUAUUCAACAGUCCGCUUAUGACUCAAAGGCUGACAUUUGGUCACUGGGAAUUACUGCCAUUGAACUAGCUAAGGGAGAGCCACCUAACUCCGAUAUGCAUCCAAUGAGAGUUCUGUUUCUUAUUCCAAAGAACAAUCCACCAACUCUUGUUGGAGAAUUUACUAAAUCCUUUAAGGAGUUUAUUGAUGCUUGCUUAAACAAAGAUCCAUCCUUUCGUCCUACAGCUAAAGAACUUCUGAAACACAAAUUCAUUGUAAAAAAUUCAAAGAAGACUUCGUAUUUGACUGAACUGAUCGAUCGAUUUAAGAGAUGGAAGGCAGAAGGACACAGUGAUGAUGAAUCGGAUUCAGAGGGCUCAGAUUCGGAAUCCACCAGCAGGGAAAAUACUACUCAUCCUGAAUGGAGUUUUACUACAGUGCGGAAGAAACCUGACCCAAAGAAACGACAGAAUGGGGCGGAGCAAGAUUUUGUGCAAACCUUGAGUUGUUUGUCUAUGAUCAUCACACCUGCAUUUGCCGAGCUGAAACAGCAGGAUGAAAACAAUGCGAGCAGGAAUCAAGCAAUAGAAGAACUUGAGAAAAGUAUCGCUGUGGCUGAAGCUGCCUGUCCCGGCAUCACAGAUAAAAUGGUGAAGAAAUUAAUUGAAAAAUUUCAAAAGUGUUCAGCAAAUGAAACCCCCUAAGAAACAUCAUACUAUUGGCCUGUUGUUUCACACAGGCACAGAGAAUCCCACCAAAGCUACUUCAAGCUUACCAAUGCUGAACUCAUGAGCUCCAUGUGCCUUUUGGAUCUUUGCAACAUAUUGAUGAUUGAAGAUAUAGAAGAACCUAUUCAACUAUUUUGUGAUGGUGUUUAUCAUUUUCUAUUUUGAAGAGGUUAUUUUGUAAGGAGUAACUUUUAAUACUAUAGUUUCAUCUGUAUUCUAGUAAAUGUUGAGAUCCAGUUUUGCUUUUAGAUAUUAUUAUUACUUAAGUUACUAGGAUGAAUACCUUUCAUGUUUUGAUCUUUAGUUAGCUGUACACUCAUGAAACAUACAGUUCUUUCAAAGUCAUCCUAAAUUCAACUUUAUAAAUCACCAAACAUCAAAAAGCUUUUACUUUU